CGAGAUUUUUUUCUCCUUUAUUCCGUUUAGCAGCAAGCGGUACCUUUUCGUGGCGUGGUCGGAGAAUUUUUUUUACAGAAUUUCGCUGAUAAAUUUUGCUCGAAACGGACUAAGACCAUCGCUCAUUAAUAGGCAACGAUUUCAGGAUAUUUGUGCGUGCAAAUUAAACUUCAGUAACCCCCGGCAAAGGUAAGAAUCCGAGGGCAGCCAAAGCAAUAUGAAAACAGUAAAAAUCCUUCCACCAUUGUGAAUCCACUAGCGCUGAAACGGAUCGAUUAAAAUUGAAAACAUUCUUUCCCGUAAAGAACUAUGUCGCAGAAUUUUAUGUAAUGUAGUGAAGUAAAGUUUAUAAAAAGUUUUGCAAGUUCCCGAAAGUUUUCGCCGGGAGAAAAUCGAGAAGAAAAAAUGGACACGAAAGUUGUGAAGUUUGUUUUUUUUUUCGUUUCGUUUAGUUCAAGAACUAUCGUAGUCAAAAUGGUGUUCAGUUUACAACUCACCGAAUGUAUCUCCAAAAAUGGGACGUACUGGACCUGUGCAUAAGUUUUCAUAGACAAAGUUUGUUUCUGUUUAAAAUCAAUAGACGCAUUUCUUCUGAGCUACUAUCCCUAGCUGGUUUAGUGUCGGUUCCGGUCGUAUCAUCGACUGGUGAGACGAUCUGGGAAUGAUUUAAUCUAGCAACUGAAAGCUUUAAGAAGCGAUCGUCAGUUUAAAACAAAGUGCAUAAGUUAUAAAAACACUAGUAAAGUUCAAUCAAAAAAGUAGUUUGAAAAUUGGUGCCUAUCUAAAAGUCCUCAAAAUGGGCAGGAGAAAAGUGUCCCCGGUUCUUCGUGGGCUCUUGCUCGAUGUGUGUGUGAAGUCAUCAAAAUGGACAGUGACGAUUCCAGACCAGGUUCGUCAGCAUCCAACAGCUCCGACUCGGAUAAUCCGUCCAGUCCGGGUGCAAUUGAUGAACCAAAAAUGCAGGAAGAUACUCCUAAUAUUCGCAGUUCCCGUUCACGUUCGCGAUCCAGGUCGCGAUCAAGGUCGCCUUCAGGAUCGCGGUCCGGUUCACGGUCCCGGUCACGAACGGGAUCCCGCUCACGAUCUAAUACCCCAACGUUGAGUCCCUUGGGCAUGAAAAAAGAGAGUCCACCUUCGAGCCCAAAAAACUACGAUGAUGCCCCUUCGGGAUCCAAUACACCUUCGUUUCGGAGUGCGGAGAAUUCUAGGCAUUCAAUGCCUCAGAAAUCACCACGAAGCCGCAGUAACACGCCGGAGGAUCGUUAUAAUCGUUCGCGAUCAGCUUCAAAGGAAUCCAACCGGUCGGACUGUUCACCCAACAGGCAUCGUCGUCUGUCCCGUCAUUCCAGUGCCUCAAAUCUCAGCGAGAAGCUGAAGGGUGAGGAAAUCUCAGAUUGUGAAAUGGAAUCGGAACGUGAGGAUAAAGAUAAAUCCAACGAUGCCAAUAGUAAACUCGAAGACAGCGAUAUGCCUUCGGCGGUAAGUGGCGUUAAGGAUACGCUCGAUAUGAGUCAUGAAGACCUGAGCGAUGUUAGUUUGGAGAGCGAAAAUGAACCGGAAGAAGAAGAAAAGGAAAGUGAUCAGGAGAGUGAUAAGGGCGAAUGUGACGAAGACGAUCGAGAAGAGCCUCCGGUUAUACCGGAGCCAGAGCCUGAAGAAGAGCCCGAGCCGCGAGAAAUUGAGAAAUUAAAAAUAACUGAUUUACGACAAAAGUUAGAGGAAAAGAAGAACCAACUGCGGAACAUGGAGGAAAAACAACCAGUGAAUGGGUCAUCGAGAGGGCAUGACAAUCUUCUGGAGGCCCCCCUCAUUGACGCUAAAAAUGACGAAGAUGCAUUGGACUUUGAGGCAGAAGAAGGAGAAUGUGAUCCGCCGAAGGAGGCGGAGAAAACUGAGACUGGCAAAAUUCCAGUGCAAGCACCGGAAGCUGAGAGUAAAAAAAGGAAAAGUUCCGAAGUCGAGUUGGAAGAAGGUGAAGAGUUAGAGGAAGGGGAAGUAUCCGAUGAGGAUGAGAAGAGGCCGGAGGAAACCGAACCCAAACCGAUCUGUAGAUUCUACACUCGUGGGCAAUGUACAUGGGGAAUGAGUUGCCGAUUCCUACAUCCGGGUGUGACCGACAAAGGCAACUAUACCAUGUUCGACAUGGUGCGCCCAGUUCCGAUCCCGCAUCAGCCGCCGCCAUAUGCAGCUCAUCCCGUCAUGUAUCCUACAGAUUAUCGCAUUGAACGUCCACCAAUGCAUCAUAUUCCACCGCAUCAUGCUGUUCCGUAUGGUGGUGGUGCUGGUGGAUUGCCUCCACAGGUCCGAGCACCCGAACCUGUAACUGAGAGCGCCUGGGAGCGAGGUUUGCGAACUGCAAAGGAAAUGAUGCGUAAAGCCAGCAAACGCAAGGAGCAGGAUAUCGAUUUUGAAGACAAAAAAAUGAAUCUUUCGACGCAGGAUGAUCUAGAAAAGGACAACUAUUACACAAGAGGAUCGCCAGAUGCUUCGCCCCCUUAUGCAGGUCGCCCUGCUGGUGCUGGAAAUGCAUACGAAUUUAACGCUCCUGUCACGGCCAAAUUCACUCGCGGUGGACCAACGUUCGAGGAAGAUCAAUUUGGAAGAACUCAACGAUACCGUGAGCUACCGUCACAUCGAAUGCCUCAAUACGAGGACGAGGACCCCACCAAAAGGCGUAAUCGUUCUACUCGUGAAGUUAUACUCCAACGGGCCGAUGAGUGGAGCGAUCCAUGGAUGCGUUCCAAGUCACCUGGUCGAGAGAAACGUACGGUGCGACGCGAGCGUCGAAGCUACAGCAACAGUUCAUCAUACAGUAGCUCCAGCAGCAGCUCCCGAUCUGGUUCCAGUUCAGAUUCGAGCCGGUCGCCAUCGCCCAGUACGAGGCGCAAUCGAUACGACAGUCACCGGUCAAAAGAAAGUGAACGCCACACUACUCAUGUUCGGAAAGUUAUUCGUACCCGGUCGCCUAGUGUUAGCCCGAAGCGUUCAAAAUACUCACCAGUUCGUAAAGCAUCGCCGGUAGUGUCCAAGAAGCGUAACCCAUCUCCAAUUCCAGAAAAGCGAAUCAUCGAGAAAACAGUGAUAGCCAAGAGAAAGAAGUUGUCACCUGUACGCAAAGUGUCCACCGAGAAGAGACGGAAGCGGUCCAGUUCGUCUGGCUCUGGGUCAUCAGACUCGAGUGAUUCGGGUUCGGAAAGUUCGUACUCUUCCAGUUCAUCUACUUCGUCUAGGGGAAAGAGCACAACCAAGAAGUCCAAAGUACCCGAAAAGUCAUCAAAGACGGUCCAGAUAUCUAAGAAAGUGAACGACCAGAAAAAAUCAGUCAGCGAUUCAAAACCGAACGCUCAAGUCAUUCCUCCCUCCAGUGCUGCUUUGGAGAAGGCGGCGGCUAGUGCCAAUGCGUCGAAGAAAUCUUCUCGACGGGAGGAACUUCUCAAACAGCUGCGAGCUGUAGAGGAAGCGAUCGCACGGAAACGAACCAAAAUCGCUUAAAUUUUAUCGGCGCAUCUGGCUUCAUCAUGUUUUUAAACAAUUCACCGCGAUCUUAAACCUACCGGAAGAAAGAACCGAAACUGUGAAAUAAAUACAAACCUUCGUAGCACGAGGGCUUGUUUUUCAACAUUUUUUUAAGUGAGCGCGUAGUAAUUACUUUACCCAUUUGACAGUCAUCUGGAGAAGCAUCUAUUCUUAUUAUAUACUGAAUUGUAAGAUAGAGUCUACGUCUAUUUUCCGCAACAAAAUUAGUUGUAGAAAUGAUCCGAUAGAAUAUGUGAACUGUUUAAUUGUAGAGUGCGACAUAAAAAUAGUUAGGAGCACUCACAUAGCACACCAAUCUCCUGAUCCCAACUACAUACAUGUUUGUGUGGCAUCAGCUAUGCCUGUUAUUCUGUACUUGAGCGAUACUGACUGUAAGUAGAGAACAAUAAACGUUUGAAUGUCACCCAAAA